GUCAAUAAGAUUAGGCGUGUAAAUCAAAAGACGGCACAUGCUGUGUGCUAUGAAUAUGAAUAUGAAUAUUGCAUAUAGUAUAUUGUAUUAAUAACGUAGACAUAUAUACACCCUUUCAGUUCUAGCAAAAACCAACACUGUCUAUCAACAAUCUUAGCAAGAAAUUCAAUCUUAUAGGGCCUACAUGUUUAUGCAUUAAGCUUAUAAGUUAUAAUAGCUUCUUGAAUUUUCUUUGCUGUCCAUUUUGUGUUUUUGCUCUGCUCACUUUUGUCUACAUUCUCUAUCAUUUUCUUUUGAGCCUCAGAUCAGAUCUCUGAUCUACAACCAUGGCUGAAAAGGUGACCAUUAUGAGGCUCAAGGUUGAUCUUGAGUGUGAGAAAUGCUACAAGAAGGUUAGGAAGCUUCUCAACAAGUACCCUCAAAUUCGAGACCAAAAUUACGAUGACAAAGCAAACAUUGUGACAAUCACGGUGGUGUGUUGUAGUCCUGAGAAGAUUAGGGACAAGCUUUGUUACAAAGGUGGAGGUUCUAUCAAGAGCAUUGAAAUAGUGGAUCCGCCAAAGCCCAAAGCAGCUGAGCCCGAGAAGAAAAAGGAAGCCGAGAAGCCCAAGUCCGCUGAGCCCGAGAAGAAAAAGGAACCGGAGAAGAAAAAGGAAGGUGAUAAGCCCAAGCCCGCUAAAGAGGCCGAGAAGCCCAAGGCAGCUGACCCGGAGAAGAAAGUUACUUUUGUUUCUGUAGUCAAAGAUUCAGAUAAACCUAAAGAUGCGGAAAAGCCCAAGCCCAAGCCUGAAGCUGAGAAGCCCAAAGACAAGCCUGCACCAACUGCUAUGCCUAUGAUGAUCCCGCAAAUGCCACCGCCUAUGGCGGUUCCAGUUGGGAUGUGUUAUGUUCCACCAUGCUACGAGGGUAGGCCUGUUGGGCCAUACGGCCCAUACCCUAAUCAGUAUGGUGGACCACAAUGUUAUGACGGAUACUAUGCAAGGCCCGUAUACGAUAGCUAUGGUGGAGGAGGGCCGUGUUAUGUGGGCCGAUGCGAUCAAUAUCUCAGUGAAGAAAACGCAACAGGGUGCACAAUUAUGUGAUUCUCCACAUUCACAUCACUUCUUUUAGAAUUGUUUCUUUGUUUUUAUAACUAAAGUUAUUAAGAUUCAUACGUUUCAUAGAGGAAAAAAAAUGAGGCGGGUGGGAAAUGAAAGUUUAUGGGGUGGCUUAAAAUGCAAAUAAUGUAUACUAUCACGUUUUUAGUUCAACAACUUUUGAAUAAUAAACUUGCAAUCUGAUUUGUA